GGUAUGUGUGUUUGGCUAUUAUCCCUAAAUCUCAUGAACUCUGACAAUGGUGGCGAGAGAAUAGUCCUCUUUACCUGGGUCUCUGCCUAAAGAAGGCAUGGAGUAUUUAUAGCCCCUAAGCAUGCGCCAUUAUAGAGGGGACAGGGGUCAGUAUAUCUAGCCAUUGUUUUGUGAGCUGCUCCAUCAUAAAGCAACAAGGAUACUGUUUGGUCCUCAUCCAGCUACACUGCAACAUGGCACCCAAGAAAGCAAAGAAGAGAGCGGAGGGAGCCAGCUCCAAUGUGUUCUCCAUGUUUGAACAGGCCCAGAUCCAGGAGUUCAAAGAAGCUUUCACUAUCAUGGACCAAAACAGAGAUGGCUUCAUUGACAAGAAUGACCUGAGAGACACUUUUGCAGCUUUGGGCCGUUUAAAUGUCAAACAAGAGGAGAUUGAUGACAUGCUGAAGGAGGCACCAGGACCGGUUAAUUUCACAGUCUUUCUCACCAUGUUUGGAGAGAAAUUAAAAGGUGCUGACCCAGAGGAGACCAUCCUCAAUGCCUUCAAAGUGUUCGACCCCGAGGGAAAAGGAACAUUAAAGAAAGACUUUGUGACGGAAAUGCUGACAACACAGGCAGACAGGUUCUCCCCUGAAGAGAUGGAACAGAUGUUUGCGGCAUUCCCUCCAGAUGUUGCAGGGAACCUUGACUACAAGAACCUGGUCUACGUCAUCACACAUGGUGAAGAGAAAGACCAAGAAUAGAUGAAACAAUUCUCAAAUUAUGCCCUCUGGACAUUUGCAUGUGCAUGAUCACACAGCAGAAACAGAAAGUUUAAAACAACAAUUUCACAUUUCAGCUCCAAUUUGGGUCAACACAGAUGUGAAUGUGUUUAUUGUGUAUUAUUGGAUGGUUAUAAUAUGUAAAUGUAUGUAUUAUGACGUUAUGUAUAUGCCAUCCUUUUAGCUAAAAUUAAAAGUUCCUGUGAUCAAAGAAAAUAAACUAUUUUAAA